GGGCGCGCGUGUGGCUGAAGAGGUUCGCCGCCACCGGGAGGCUGCUCUGCGUCCGCGGAACGCUGCUCCGGACUCCGCUCCCGCCGCCGGUGCUCCGCCUGCCGUACCGGGUCCGCCGCAGCCGCGAAGCUUCGGAGCGGCUUCCGGGAGGCGGGUGUGCGCGCGGCCCCACGCCCUCCCCGGGAGGGAGGCGGGCCCAGCCGCCACCGCGGGCGGGGGAGGGGCGGCCGGCGCUGCAGCGAAACCUCGGAACCGAGCUCGGGCGGCGGGGCCCCGACGAGGUCACUUCUGAUUACCCCACGCCAUGCCCCUCAGCCUCUUUCGGCGCCUUCUCCUUGCUGCCCUACUGCUGGUGAUUAUCUGGACCCUCUUUGGGCCCUCGGGCAUCGGGGAGGAGCUGCUGAGCCUCUCUCUGGCCUCCCUGAGCCCGGCUCCCGCCUCCCCGGGGCCGCCCCUGGCCCUGCCCCGCCUCCUGAUUCCCAAUGAGAAGGCGUGCGGGGGUCCCGGCUCCCCACCCUUCCUGCUCAUCCUGGUGUGCACGGCCCCAGAGAACCUGAACCGAAGAAAUGCCAUUCGGGCUUCGUGGGGCGGGCUGCGCGAGGCCCAAGGGUUCCGGGUGCAGAUUCUCUUUCUUUUGGGAGAGCCAAGCUUGUGGCAUCCUACCAAGGAACCCCACGACAUCGACCUAGUACAGGAGGCAGCGGCCCAGGGGGACAUCUUACAGGCGGCCUUCCGGGACUCCUACCGUAACCUUACUCUCAAGACCCUCAGUGGGCUGAACUGGGCAGACAAACACUGUUCUAUGGCCCGCUACAUCCUCAAGACAGAUGAUGAUGUGUUCGUCAACGUCCCCGAACUGGUAUCAGAGCUGAUUCGGCGAGGAGGGGGCCGUUGGGAACAAUGGGAGAAGGGCAAGGAGCCUCCGAGAGAGGUUAAGGCUGGAGAUAAAGAGUGGGAAGAAAGGUCCAUCUUGAAGAGCCAGCCAAUGCCUCUUCUGUAUCUGGGCCGUGUGCACUGGCGGGUGCACCCCUCUCGGACACCAGGGAGCAAGCACCAGAUAUCAGAGGAGCAGUGGCCUCCCACCUGGGGCCCCUUUCCACCCUAUGCCUCUGGCACAGGGUACGUGCUCUCAGCUUCUGCUGUGCAGCUCAUCCUAAAAGUGGCCAGCCGGGCACCCCCUCUGCCACUGGAGGAUGUCUUUGUGGGGGUGAGUGCCCGACGAGGAGGUCUCACCCCAACCCAUUGUGUUAAGCUGGCUGGGGCCACCCACUACCCCUUGGACCGGUGCUGCUAUGGGAAAUUCCUGCUGACAUCCCACAAACUGGACCCCUGGAAGAUGCAGGAAGCCUGGAAGCUGGUGGGCGGCUCUGACGGGGAAAGGACUGCACCCUUCUGUUCCUGGCUUCAGGAAGUUUUGGGCAUCCUGCGAUGUCGGGUAAUAGCCUGGCUUCAUAGCUGAGAGUGCCUGGGGCCAUAGUAGAGGAGUAAGGAGCUGAGGGUCGAGCCAGCACACCCACAACCUUCUCUGGCCCAGGCCCAAUACAGGGGGCCCUGACUGGCUGCAGCUGAUCGGUUUCCUCUAUCAAAUGCUCCAUCUAUCACUGAAGAUGGAGGGAUACAGGAGAAAUCCAGGGCCUGGCCUGCCAGACCUAGUGAUGGUCACCAGGAAGAGCAAAACAAUGCCGGGAUUGUUCUCUCCAGCUAUGGCGGGGAAGGGGCACAAGCUCCUCAAUAAACUUGUCUGUCUA